AUGCGGAUCGCGAGGCGGCUCUUCCUCGCGGCACCGGCGCUGCUGUUGGGUCUGCUUCUGCUCGUCGCGGGGCCGGUGGCGGCGCAGGACGCGGCGGUGGAGGGCGUGGCGCCGGCGGCGGAUGAGAUCGCUGCGGGCGCGAGGGCCAAGGAGGCGGCGGUGCUGGCCGCCGAGCUGGGGCAGCUCAGGGCGAAGAUCUCCGCGUUAGUCUCUCGCAUUGCAGAGCAGAACCUGGAGUUGAAGACCAAGAAUGAUGCAAUUGAAACACUGGAUGUGAUUGUCAAGGAAAAGUCACAGAAGAUAGCUACUAUGCAGAACGAAGUAACUUCCCUCGAGGCCAAGGGGUCUUUAGCUGCAGAGGAGCAGGCAAGCAAGGCCAAUGCACGGGCUAUUGAGCUUGAGAAGCAGAUCGAGAAGCUCAAGAAGGAUAUUACAGAACAAAAAAUAAAAAAAGCAGCUCUGGAGGCUAGGGCUGGCGAUGCUGAUAAGAAGGUGCAAGAGCUGAAUACGAAGCUGGAGAAACUCCAGAAGACAAGCAGUGAUCAAAAGCGCAGGAUUCAGAAGACUGAACACGCUCUUAAAGUUGCUGAGGAGGAGCUGAUGAAGGUGCAGUUGGAAGCAACAACAAAAGCUAAACAGCUGGGAGAGGUUCAUGGAGCCUGGUUGCCACCUUGGUUAGUGACACAUGCAGCACACUCUAUGGAGGUGCUGUCAAAUCACUGGAAUGAACAUGGGAAACCUGCCUUUGACAGCUUGUUGCAGAAGGCAUCAGAAAAAUCAGCACAGGCAAAGAAAUGGGCCGAACCCCAUCUGGAAACUGCUAAGACAAAAUGGAUGCCUGUCGCUAAAGAAAAGUGGGUUAUCUUGAAGAAAAAUGCAAAGCCUUAUGUCCAAAUGGUCUCAGAGAAAUCAUUGGAGGUUUAUCAAACAUCAAGUGACUUCAUCAGGCCUCAUCUUGUAAAUGCACAUCAAGUUGCUGACCCCUAUUUCCAGGAAGCCAAGAAAUUAUCCAAACCAUAUAUUGAUCAAAUUGCUACAGCUACUAAACCACAUGUUGAGAAAAUUAGAACUACUCUCAAGCCCUAUACUAAAAGAGCACGCCAUGUAUAUGGACAGUUUCUUGAGACAGCUACUACAUAUCAUCAGCAGUAUCAAGAAGCAGAAGAAGAAAACAUCACGGAGCAGUAA